AUGGAAGUUUCGUCCUUAAUAGACUUUUAUACACUUAAUGGAAUUGUAGAAACACACGAAAACAUUACCGUUUAUAAUGCAAUUGGCAAAGCAGCAAACAGAAUGUAUAAUGUUUCGAGAAUUCCUAAAGAUCUUGCAAAAUCAACCACAAGAAACCCAUUUUCAAUGCUUUUAAGUUUGAAAAGUGAAUUCCUUGUAAAUUGUGUAGAUGUUUUUGAAGAUUCCAAAACAUUCUACGCUGCCUAUGAAUUACCAAAUGGAACUCCUCUCAUUGAAACAAUUCAUACCGGAUCUCGAAUCAAAGAAGAAAGAGCUGCAUACAUAUUAAAUCAAUUGCUUCAAGCAGUUAAAUACUUGCAUCAAUCUGGUUUUGGAAAUAUUCAGAUAAAUCCACAAACUAUUUUCGUUACACCAAAUGAUGAUGUGACAAUUACAGACUAUUCAUUCCUGGCUAAUAUUCCGUAUAAUGAACGCCUUCAAACUCGACCCGAAAUUUUGGAAAAUGCGCCACCGGAAUUUUUCAAGUCAGGAUCAUACGUUGCAUCGCAAGCAAACGUUUGGAGUAUUGGCGUGAUAGCAUAUAUACUUGUUACUGGAUCCCAUCCGUUCAAAACAAACACACAUUCCUAUAAUCAGUCAGAAUAUAUCAUCAAAGAGUCAAUUCUCCAACAGAUUCAGAUUCCUUCAUACAUCAGUACCUCAGCACAUAACUUUAUCCAAAGAUCGCUCGAAAUUGAACCAACUCGCAGAUUUUCUAUUGACCAAUGCAUCGGACACCUCUGGAUCUCCAAGCAAAGUAAGAAAAUGGUUAAGGUCAGCUCCUUUAAUAGCUUCAAUUCAUUGCAAUUUGAUGAUAAAAACAUAUUUAAAUCAAAUGGCCUUUCUACAUUAUCUCCUACCACCAAAAACUCACCAACUAGGUUCAGUAGUAGCAAUUUAUCCAGUUUAUCCUUGUUUUCGAACAUGAGACCUCCAUCAGAAUUUGAUUUUUGA